CCACACUAUGGUUUCUCUGGGGGAGCAUGACGUGACAGUGGAGGAAGGGACAGAGCAACACAUCCAGGUGGCCAGAUAUGUGCAGCACGGGCCAUAAGCACGAGGUCCCUCUCAUAGCCUGGCAAUAGUGAAGCUGGCAGAGCCUGCCCGGUUCACUCAGCAUGUCAUGCCCGUAGCCCUACCCACACGCUGCACUCAGCUCCACGAGAAGUGUCUGGUCAGCGGCUGGGGCUCCACCGUACCGGGACAGGACGAGCCCAAUCUAAUCCUGAAGUGUGAAACACAGCGGGUCAUUGAUGACAAGAUGUGCCAGACAGCCUUUCCCCUUUAUUGGAUUGAACACAGAUUCUGUGCUAAAACCAUCGUCUCAACAGACAACUGCCUGUCUGACCAGGGCAGUACUGUGGUGUGUGAGGGUGAGCUAAAGGGGUUGUUCUGGUCCGGUUCUUCUGACGUUGGUUUGUACACCCGCCUGCGCCUGUACCUUGACUGGAUCAAUGACACCAUGAAUGAACACCCUACACCUGAACCUACACCUACACCUGAACCUGUGUGGACCACCGCAGCAGCAGCCACAACAUGGUGAUUGAAAUGAAAAACAAAGUGAUAUGUACUGAAAUGUUCUGUUCACCUGCCCCAUUGAUUCUAUCACAUCCAGUAUGUGUUUUUUUCAUCCACCAGCAGAGGCAAACAUAGACUGAUAAUAAUGACCUAUCAAAAACCUCUGAGAGAUUUCUUGGCUGUAACAUGUCACACAUUAACACAUAUACAUAUUUUAACAAGCAAUUGGAAGUGGACACCCCAAAAUCCUCCAAACAUGCAGUCGUUUGUCCUGGGAUAUGUACUUCUUUUGAUCACCAGCAGAUGGCAAUGUAGACCAAUAAUAGUCCAUUUGAGCACUGAAGAGACACACAAUCAAUGUAAAGAGAGACACAGAUUGAAAAAAGGAGAUAGAGGAUAUCCAGAGUGAGAGAAAGAGAGAGGGGAGAGAGACAUAGACAGAG